AUGACCUUAACAAAAGAGAGUUUCUAUGGGGCUCUUCCACCCCCUUCUGAGGUGGCCAAGGCCAACGUGGACAGCACCAGAGAGAAGGAGGAGGCUCUGCUGCAAUCUGUGACGAGGACUGGAGCUGUGGUGCCAAGGAAGCGAGCGGUGGGAAGGCUGGUCAUGCACAGCAUGGCGAUGUUCGGCCGGGAGUUCUGCUAUGCUGUGGAGGCCGCCUUUGUCACGCCGGUGCUGCUCAGUGUAGGGCUGCCCAAGAACCUCUACAGCCUGGUGUGGCUCAUCAGCCCUAUCCUGGGCUUCGUGCUGCAGCCCGUGGUAGGUUCAGCCAGUGAUCACUGCAGCUGUAGCUGGGGCAGGAGGCGACCUUACAUUCUGGGUCUGGGCAUCAUAAUGCUGUUAGGCAUGGCUUUGUACCUCAAUGGGGACGUGAUGAUCUCAGCUUUCAUCGGUGAGAGAGACAAGCAGCGGACGUGGGCAAUAGUCAUUACCAUGCUGGGAGUAGUGCUUUUUGAUUUUGCAGCUGAUUUUAUUGAUGGCCCCAUCAAAGCCUAUUUAUUUGAUGUCUGCUCUCAUCAGGAUAAAGAGAAGGGUCUGCAUUACCACGCCCUCUUUACAGGUUUGGGAGGAGCCCUGGGUUACCUGACAGGUGCUGUGGAUUGGGGUCAAACUGUACUAGGGUAUUCCUUGGCAUCAGAAUUCCAGGUGAUUUUCUUCUUCGCAGCCUUGGUUUUCCUAAUCUGCCUUACUGUACAUCUGCGCAGUAUUCCUGAAGUUCCACUCAGAUACGAAAAUGAAGAGACAAAGUUCUUGUUGGAAGUGACUGAAUCCUAUAAAUAUAGCUCCAUAGAGGAGGAAAUAAAAAAUGGUUACUUAAAAUCAACAUGUGCUGAAAUAAAGGCUGCAGCUGGGAAAUCAAAGAACCAUGCAGGAGCUUUAAAGCAGCGGAUGACCCUUAAAUCACUCUUGAAGAUGCUUUUAAGCAUGCCAUCCCACUAUCGCUAUCUGUGUGUGAGCCACCUCUUCGGAUGGAUGGCUUUCCUGUCCAACAUGCUCUUCUUCACGGAUUUCAUGGGACAGGUUGUAUACCAGGGUAGUCCUUAUGCACCUCAUAACUCCACGCUUUACCUUACCUACAAAACAGGAGUAGAGGUGGGAUGCUGGGGGCUGUGCAUCAAUGCAAUUUCUUCAUCACUUUAUUCUUACCUGCAGAAAAUCCUUCUGCCAUACAUAGGAUUAAAGGGACUUUAUUUCAUUGGAUACCUACUUUUUGGAUUGGGUACUGGAUUAAUUGGCUUGUUUCCCAAUGUCUAUUCCACUCUGGCUCUGUGUUCCCUCUUUGGUGUGAUGUCCAGCACGCUGUACACAGUGCCGUUCCACCUCAUUGCAGAGUAUCACAGGGAAGAAGAGGUGAGGAAGCAGAGAGCUGAUGGAGAACAAGCUGGAGAGCACGAGCGAGGGAAGGGCAUUGACUGUGCCGCCCUCACCUCCAUGGUCCAGCUGGCCCAGAUCAUUCUUGGUGUGGGCCUGGGGCUCUUGGUUAGCAUUGCCGGCAGUGUGGUCACUGUGAUUUCGGCAUCUACGGUGGCACUGAUCGGCUGCUGUUUUGUUGCUUUUUGUGUUCGAUAUGUGGACUAG